AAGAACACUAUGGUGGAAAAGAAAAGCUUCAGAAUUGUUAAGUCAAAUUACUUAAUUACCCUCAACCCUUUGCUGUUAUCACAAAAACAACAUUGCCCCCUUAUCACCAUGUCUGAGGAGAAAUCUCAUUCCGGGAAAGUGAAAAUGCUGACCUUACAACACAGUAGCUUCAUCUCAUUCUCUCCCAGCGACAACAAACUCCGAAGUUUGACUAAUGGCUUCACGAUAAUGUCGAAGAAGAGAGACUUUGCUGAGAAAUCAAACGAAAAAGGACCUCUCUUGCGAAUCAAAGUCCCCAACACAAUUCUUGCUCGAUCUGCUAUCGCUGUUUUGGGUUUGGGAUUCAUUGAUGCUGGGUAUAGUGGUGAUUGGUCAAGAAUAGGUGUGAUCUCUAAAGAAACAGAGCAACUUUUGAAGAUUGCUGCUUUUCUUGUUGUUCCUCUCUGUAUCUUUCUUAUACUCUCAUUUUCCAAUGAUACAACUGAUUAAAGAUUCCUUGAUUCCUUCUAUAAUAGUGGUGAUUGGUCAAGUCACUAAGCAAGUACAAAAGCUCUGCUUAGUUCAUCACAAUAUUCAAACUAGAUUAGAUCUGUCUAUGGAAUCUAGAAGGUUGAACUUAUAAGAGAAAGUGACUUUUUGUUCACUUGGGAAUAACUUGGAUAGUGUACAUUGCGUCUUCUAUGGAGACACACAUACAUAUUCAUACA